CAAACAUGGAGGCGUGGUUACGGCCGGGGCCGUGGUUACGUUCUCCGGGUGUGUUGGGCAGCGGGGUGGGCGCUGGGCCAGGGGAUGGGCACUGAGCCCACCACCUGCCAUCCCCGCGGCUCUGCCUAGAGCCCCGCCGCCCCCGUAACCCCUCCCCAGGGUCACCGGCGUCCCGUCACGCUGCUGUGCCACCGCCCGUCUCCUGCGCGGUGCCCCUGACCUGCCCCGCUCCGUGGCUGACCCAGAGCGUGGGGUCGUGACCACCCCAUCUGCUCCUCCUUAUCUGCGCCCCGCGCUCGCCUCCAGCCAAAGUCCUCGCCCCUUUCUGCUGACUCGGCCCCGGAGUGCGGAACUGCCUCAGUCGCCGCCUUCCUUCCCGGCGCCGCUCAGCCUGCUGUCACCGGCUGUCACCUACCCGCUGUCCCCGCGCCGCGAUGUGGCUGCUCCUGGCCCUGCUGCAGGCUGCGGUGCUGCCCGCCCGGCCCUGCGGUGAGUUUGGGCCGCCCCAAUGCACCGUGUCCCUGCCCCAACGCGGGGCUCCCGGGGCCGGGCUGUGGGUGGGAGCGCGGUGGUGCAGGGCGUGGGGUUCCUCCUGUUCCCUUUUUCCCCUUUCCUGCCUCGUGUCCCCUCUCUUCUUGGCAUCUCCCCCAGUGUUGUGCAAAGUUUUGGGCUUCAACUUCUCGGGGUAGAGGGCGCACGUGGGGGUGAGGACGCUCCGCUCUCCGCCGCCACCGCUGCUCGUUGUCCUCCCCACGCCCCGGUGCUGGGGUGCACUCACUCCUUGCCCCCAUCCUCACGGGGACCCUGGGGGACAGAGGCUCCGGCGGAGGCGGCGGCGGCGGCACGAGCGCUGGGUGCGCAGCUGCUGGGGCUGGCGAUGGAGCCGGGGCAGGAUGCCGACCCCGGGGUCUACGUGGGGCUGCGCCUCGGCAGCGAGCACGACCUGCGCCUGGAGCAGCGCUACCUGCAGCGUCUGCAGGACGCCUUCCAGGGACGCUACGGCCGGAGCCUGCACGCAGCCAGCCGCCCAACCCAUGGCCAUCGGCACCGCAACACGGACUCCAUGCCGGAGACGGGGCGUCUGGCGCUGUACCUGCUGGGGCUGCGUGCCACCUGCCCCCCACCAGACCCCGCUCCCCAGCGCUUCCCAGUGACGUGGCUCAAGUACUACCUGGAGAAGGACUGGGCAGGCUCCCGGCAGCAUGGCCAUCCUCUCACCAGUUACUACCAGUACAGCCUGGGCGUGCUGGCUCUCUGUGUCCACCACAAGCGGGUGCGUGAGGAGGUGAUCCAGCGGCUGCUGGUGGCUGAGCGGCACCGGCGCUUCGGGCAUGCGGGUGGCAGUGCCGUGGACACGGAGGCAGUGGCGGCAUUGGCUUUCGCCUGCCUGGAGAAGGAGAAACACAUUGGGGCCGGGCUGGCGGCGGAGCUGCGGGCGGCCGUGCACAGGGCCAGGGAGAGGUUGCUGGAGGCACAGAGCGCAGACGGCCUCAUCGGGAACGCCUUCAGCACCCCCGUGGCCAUGCAGGUCUUCAUCGCCACUGACACGUGCAGGACGCAGCCGGCGUACGGCCGAGCCAUGGCCGCGCUGCUCCAGCACCUGGACGCCUUCACCAGCGCUGCCACCAUGGCCCAAGCGCUGCUCGCUCUGAACGGCCGCAGCUACCUGGGCAUCGCCUCCAUGCAGUGCCAGGAGGAGCUGGACACGCUGACUCCUGCCUUCUUGGAGCCGCUGCCCCCGGGGCCGCACAAUGUGACGGUGCGGCUGGUGGUGGAGUGCCCAAUGCCGGAGUGUCCCCAGCAGCUGCUGUAUGACAGCCUGGUGCCCGUGCCUGCCGGGGCCUCGCUUCUAGACCUGCUCAGGGCAGCCCCACCGCAGGGAUCCCAAAAUUUCACGUUUGAGACCCAGGACACUGCAUAUGGCCCCUUCCUGACCUCAGUGCAGGGCAUGACCGCGUGGCCAAAGGAGCGGCACUACUGGCAGCUGCUCAGCGGGCUCGGCACCAGCCUGCAGAUGGGUGUUGCUGACUACAGACCGGAGGAUGGGAGCACCGUCAUCCUGCGCCUGAGCAAGUGGUAGCAGGGCUGGUGGUGGGGAUGAUGGCAAUGAAACGUUGCAGCACCGCC